CACUUCAUAAAGAAAAGAAAACCCUUCAAUUCCAUCGACUUGGCGCGUGUUUCUAAUUUUCCAAUCUGCAGGUUCCACGUGUCUUUCAUAAAACCACUUAAUCAAAAGAACAAAAAUAUCAAUGAAACACCAAUUUUCUUUAUGGGUCUUUAUAUAUCCAAUCUUUUCAUCUUCCUUCCAUAAAAAGAAAAAGAAAAAAAUCUUUUCAUCUUCCUAAAACCCCAAGGUCAGUGUUCUGUUGUCUGGGGGCAUCCAUAGAGAGAGCACUUGCUAAAAAGUUUGAAAUAUCUCAAGUUUCAGAAGAAAUGGAUAUUGCAAAGUUGAAACAAAAUGUGCGUGACCACCUGGAGAAGGUAUUCUUGGAGCAGGAUAAAGCCUUAGCCAAAUCUGAAGUUCAAAAGAAUGAAAAUAAGAAAAAGCUUGAGCAUAUUGAGGCACAGAAGAAAGAGCUCAUGAAAAAGCUUGAGCAGAGUGAAGCCAAGAAGAAUGAACUACAGGAAAAGCAUGCGCAAAGUGAAGCCCAGAAGAAGGAGCUUCAGAAAAAGCACGAGCAGAGUGAAGCCCAGAAGAAAGAGCUUCAGAAAAAGCAUGAGCAAAGUGAGGCUCAGAAGAAAGAGCUUCAGAAAAAGCAUGAGCAGAGUGAGGCUCAGAAGAAAGAGCUUCAGAAAAAGUUUGAGCAGAGUGAAUCGCACAAUAAAGAUCUUCAGAAAAAUCUUGAUCACAGUGAAGCUCAGAAGAAAGAGCUUCAGAAAAAGCUUGAGCAAAGUGAAGCACAAAAGAAUGGGCUUCAAUUUCGUAAGCAGCGUGAGAUACAACUAAUGAAACAAAUGUAUGGGGAAACUGUCUUAGAGAAAAGGAUGGCUGAUGAAAAGAUGAUAGAGAAAAAGAAAGAAAAUGAGAAACUUCAUAGGAAAAUAAUUGAAUUGGAAAAGUUGUGUGAUCAAGACAAGGAUCAAGCUGAGGUUAAGGAUGGCAAGCAGGAAAAAACAGAUGAGGAUGAUGAGGAUGAGGAUGAGGACCAAGAGCAGGAUCAGGAUGAGGACCAAGAGCAGGAUCCGGAUGAGGUUAACGAUGAUGAUGGGAAUGAGAAGAUGAAGAAAAUUCGAAAAAAGUUAAAGGAGACGGAAGAGGAGUUGGAAUAUGCUGAAGCUCAUAACCAUAAACUUAUUGCGAAGGAGUCUGAAUUAGAGGAGGCUCGUAAGGAGUUAAUCUCUGGAUGGGAUUCAGCAAGUCGUGCUUUUAUUGGCGUGAAGAGAAUGGGAGAGCUUGAAAGCAAACCAUUUCAAACUGUAUGCAAGAGAAAAUAUCCUAUGGAUGAAGCAGAUGACCAGGCAGCGGCACUAUGUUCUCUGUGGGAGAGUUAUCUUAGGGAUUCUUGCUGGAAACCAUUCAAAACUAUAAGGGUAGCCUUUCGUCAACAACCGAAGAUAACUAUUGAUGAGGGAGAUGAAAAACUGAAAAAAUUAAAGGACGAGUUUGGUGAUGAAGUCUACAAUGCUGUGACAACUGCCUUGCUGGAAUCGAAAGAGUAUAAUAGUCACCAUUGGAGGUGUACAGUAUCAGAAUUAUGGAACUUUAAACAAGGGAGGAGAGCAUCAUUAAAAGAGGGUGUCUCGUAUUUACUGAAGCAGUUGAAACUGCAGAAAAGGAGAAGAUCAAGCUGAAGGCAUUGUGGAAAGAAGAUGGAGAGCUGAAAGAGCUUUGGUUACUGUCAAGAGUCAACUGGCUGCUUCUUAAUG